AUGUCUAUUUGCAGACGCCUACUUAAUAGCCAUGACAAACAUCUCUACGCUCACGUUAUGAUUUAUAUAAAUCUCUCUAUUGUCUUUAUUUGUUUUAUUAUUAUUGUAAUUCGUCGAUACUUUCCUUUUUUUCACUCAUUUUUAUAUUUUUUUCUUUGUUCCUUUUUAUCUACUUUCUGUCAUUUUUUAUCUGUUUUUGUUCAUUUUUUUCUAUAUUUCGUUCCUUCUUUUUUAUUUCUUUUUUUAUUCUUACCUUCUUUUUUUUUCAUUAUCUAUUAUAUUUUCAAUCCUUCUUUCAUUUAUACUUUCUUUCGAUUCUUGUCUUUUUUUUGCAUCAGUUGGCCUCUUGUAUCUAUCUGUCUGUCUAUCUAUCUAAUUGUAUCUAUCUGUCUGUAUAUCUAUCUAUCUAUCUAUCUAUCUAUCUAUUCAUCUAUCUCAUUGUAUCUAUCUAUCUAUCUAUCUAUCUAUCUCAUUGUAUCUAUCUGUCUGUCUGACUAUCUAUCUAUCUCAUGGUAUUGCCUAUCUAUCUAUUUACCUACAUAUCUAUCUAUAUUACAUGGUCAGACUCUCUCUCUCUCUCUCUCUCUCUCUCAUAAACAGCCCUACCUGCUUCGUCUUUAUUUACCGCCAGAUCCUUCCAAAUACUUUUCGACCUCAACACCAUCAUUUUAUAUCUGUCUAUCUAUAUCACCUGUCAACUUCUUUUACAAGUUACAUCGUCUGUCGGUCAUUUACAUUCACCCUCCUCUUAUCCUUACUACCCCACCCCGCUUCAAAUACUUACAUUUCCAAAUGAAACGCGAUAGUAAUUUGUACGUGAAACCAUAUCUUUCUCCCUCUGUGUUCCAAUCUCGAAAUAUUAGCUACUUCACCGUCUGUGACAGCCGCAUGAGACGACAAGUAAUCAUAGUCCAUUAA